GGCGCCGAAACCACAGAGGCGGGCGCCUAGAGCGGCCUCGGCAGGCGCGAGGCGGAAGGGGCGGGGCGCGGGCCGGAAACGGCGCGGCGGCCAUGAAGCCGGCGGUGGACGAAAUGUUCCCCGAGGGCGCGGGGCCCUACGUGGACCUGGACGAGGCGGGGGGCAGCAGCGGGCUGCUGAUGGACCUGGCGGCCAACGAGAAGGCCGUGCACGCGGACUUCUUCAACGACUUCGAAGACCUCUUUGACGACGAUGAUGUCCAGUGACGUCCUGGGGCGGCCUCCUGGAGGGCAGUGCUGAUGGCCGGGAGGACCUGGGCGGAUGGAUGCACAGAACCAUGACCGAGAUCCCGUCCACGUUCGUCCCCAAAUGUGACUGUCGUUCUUUAAUUAAACGUGUCCUCAUUUGUGGCUGA